GCGUUUCGGCCGGGAGAAGAAGCGGCGCGGAGCGCGCCCGCUCCGUUACCCGUUGCGUAACGCGGGCAGCGGCGCGGCGGGGGCGGCGCUCGCGCUCCCGGGGCCGCGCAGCCGCCGCCCCUCCGGCUCCGCCGCCAAAGAUCCAAUGGCUGUCCCACCGUCAUACUGUGAGUUGGGAAAGUCUGCCAGGGAUAUUUUCAACAAGGGAUAUGGAUUUGGAAUGGUCAAGUUAGAGUUGAAGACCAAGUCUUCCAGUGGGGUGGAAUUCACUGCAGUCGGUUCUUCCAACACGGACACGGGCAAGGCUUCGGGCAGUCUAGAGACCAAAUACAAGGACAAAUGCCAUGGACUUACAUUCACUCAGAAGUGGAACACAGAUAACACAUUGGGAACAGAAAUUUGUGUCGAGAAUAAAAUGGUUGACGGGUUGAAGGUGGCUCUUGACACUACAUUUGUACCAAACACAGGGAAGAAGACUGGGAAGUUGAAGGCCACCUACAAAAGAGAUUAUGUCCAUGUAGGCUGCAGCGUAGACAUUGAUCUCUCUGGACCAACUGUUUAUGGCUGGGCAGUGGUGGGCUAUGAAGGCUGGCUUGCUGGCUACCAGAUGGCUUUUGAUACAGCCAAGUACAAGGUUACACAACGUAACUUUGCCUUGGGAUAUAAGGCAGAAGACUUUCAGCUGCACACUAAUGUGAACGAUGGCACUGAGUUUGGUGGCUCUAUUUAUCAGAAGGUUACUAAUAAGGUGGAGACGUCAGUCAACCUUGCAUGGACUGCUGGCAGCAACAACACACGUUUUGGUAUUGCUGGGAAGUACCAACUGGAUGAGAAGACUUCUGUUGCAGCCAAAGUGAACAAUGCCAGCCUCAUUGGAAUUGGUUACACUCAUACCCUCCGACCUGGUGUAAAGCUGACACUCUCAGGCUUGAUUGAUGGCAAGAAUUUCACUGCUGGAGGUCACAAACUUGGGCUGGCAUUUGAGCUGGAAGCUUAACUCAGCUUUAAGUGAAACAACUGGUGGUGCUCUGGAAGAUGAAGGAAAAGUGUAACCCAUGCAUUUCAGCCUUAAUAUUACUCUGAAAUUUAAAGAAGUGUGAACUUCCUGCUCUUCCCAAGAAUGACUUUAACCCAAUGCUGAAGUCCAGAGUGUGCCAGCACAACAGAGGAAGACACGUGAAGGCAUGCAUGGAAGUUGUGAUGUUUGUGCCACAUUUCAGUUUCCUGUAUUUUAAAUCUGUUUCAAAAAAACCAGAAGAAAAUCCAACCUCUCCCCACUAUUGUAUUGCAUUUUGCAUGUCCUAUACUUCACAGCCUUUUCUAGAAGGAGGUCUCUGUGCUGUAGUGGAAAUUUGGGGUUACAUCAGAAUGAAAUAAAUUGGUCACAGUCAGAACACAA